CAACCAACUCCGCGGAUGAAUGCUUUAAUGGAAUCGUAUUGCUGAAACUAUUACCACUGAGUUAACCCAGUUGCCAGUUUUGCUCAACACUUCCGCCAUGUGAAGCACGGGACUCGUGUAGUCAUCUGGAUUGGUCCAUCGGUCAGUCUGCUACAUUCUCUGUUUCUCAAACAGCUAGCUAGCUGUCGUAGUCCAGAGGCUACUUAGCGUUACUGUAACGUUACACCGCGUCUGAAGAAGAAGAAACCUCACCAUUCUGACUUGUAGGCCUAAAUUACAAGCUAAGGCACCAAUUCCCCCCCGAGUUCCCCAUCUGAUGGAGCAGUGGUUGUCAGUCUUUGUGAAGAGACACCAUGUUUCCCUGUCACGCAACUCCUUGGCCCGCUGCUGAGCCGCCGGCCCCCUGCGAUCAUGCACCCCCAGCACAGCCCUCACAGUCCCUGCCUGAUCUGCUGUGUAGCUGUCCCGCUCCACCUUUGAACACCCACUGUGAGACGCCUUCCCCAGACCCCAUGGAGUCGCUCAUCGUGGUCACAGAGUACGAACCCAGUAGACCACCUGGAGAGGCUGGGGGGGAGGAGGAGGUUGAAGAAAUGGACAGUUCAAACACGCCCACGUCAGCUUCCUCUGUGGCGGCAUCUUUCCGGACUCCUUCCUGCGACCUGCUGUCCCACACAGUCGGCCAGUCGAAGGCUCUGCUACCCGAAAGCCAAGAGCAAAGGGGAAGAUUAAACCUGUCAGACCGGAAACUAUCUCUGCAAGAACGCUCCCAAACUGCAACGUCACCCUGCAGCUCACCGGGACUCAACGGGCGCUACAUUUACCCAUCGUUGCCCUACUCUCCCAUCACAUCACCACACUCCUCUCCACGCUUGCCCCGCCGGCCCACGGUGGAGUCCCACAGUGUUUCCAUCACAGACCUCCAGGACUGUGUUCAACUCAACCAGUACAAGCUGAAAGACGAGAUUGGAAAGGGCUCCUAUGGUGUUGUCAAGCUGGCUUACAAUGAGGAUGACAACACUUACUAUGCGAUGAAGGUGUUGUCCAAGAGGAGGCUGAUGAGGCAGGCAGGUUUCCCACGAAGACCUCCCCCUCGUGGAGCAAAAGCAGUCCCUGAGGGUCCCCCUCAGCUCAAAGGACCCCUGGAGCGGGUCUAUCAAGAGAUUGCCAUCCUGAAAAAGCUCGACCAUUCUAAUGUGGUGAAACUAGUAGAGGUUUUGGAUGACCCCAGCGAGGACCAUCUGUACAUGGUUUUUGAGCUGGUCAAGCAAGGGGCUGUGAUGGAGGUGCCGACAGAUAAACCUUUCAGUGAGGACCAAUCACGAUUUUAUUUCCAAGAUCUGCUCCGGGGAAUCGAGUAUUUACAUUACCAGAGGAUCAUCCACAGAGAUGUCAAGCCGUCUAACCUGUUGGUGGGAGAAGAUGGACACAUCAAGAUAGCAGACUUCGGAGUCAGUAACCAGUUUGAGGGGGCUGAUGCCCUCCUGACCAGUACAGUGGGAACCCCUGCUUUCCUUGCCCCUGAAGCGCUCUCUGAGACCAGAAAGAACUUCUCUGGAAAGGCUUUGGAUGUUUGGGCCAUGGGAGUAACACUUUACUGCUUCGUCUUUGGAGUUUGUCCAUUUAUGGACGAGCGCAUCGUCAGUCUUCAUCAGAAAAUCAAGACCCAACCUGUGGAGUUACCUGAGCGUGCUGAUAUCUCAGAUGAUCUCAAAGAUUUGUUGCUAAAAAUGCUGGACAAGAAUCCAGAGACCAGAAUAUCAAUCCCACAGAUUAAGGUGCACCCAUGGGUGACGAGGCACGGCGCUGAGCCUCUUCCCCCGGAGGACGACAACUGUUGUAUGCUGAUUGAGGUGACUGAGGAGGAGGUGGAGAAUUCUGUUAAACACAUCCCCAGCCUGGCUACAGUGAUCAUGGUGAGAACUAUGCUAAGGAAGCGCUCCUUUGGGAACCCCUUUGAUUGGGGCCGUAAAGAGGAACGCAGCAGUUUGUGUGCUCCAGGGCAAAAGCUCACGAAAGGCAGAGCAGGCAAUGUGAGAUACUGCUACAUUCAUUGUAACCAACGAAGGAAACAGGAGAGCGGUGAUGGCAUGAGAAGUAUGGACCUGCCCUACGUGGGAGAGGAUGAGGCUCUUUCUUGAUGCAGAGGGUUCAUUAUCCACGCUGGUAUCUGCCUGCCUGCAACCACACAGCACACACACCCCUUUACGCACCAUUUUAUACUGGCUGCUGACACCUGUGUACAUUCCCCGGGAAGGUGGACAAGUCUGACCGAUGCAGAAA